AUGGGUAUCGCACUUAAAAAUGUUGGUAGAAUAAAAAAACAUGGAAGGAAACACUUGGUUUCUAAAAACCCUUAUCUAAGAUUAUUAGUAAAAUUAUACAAUUUCUUAGCUAGAAGAACCAAUGCUAAUUUCAAUAAAAUAAUAGCUAAAAGACUUAUCAUGCCCAAACGUUAUAGACCCCCUUUAUCUUUAUCUAAAUUACAAUAUCACAUGGCCAAUCACCCAAAUGAUAUAGCCGUAGUAGUUGGAUCAAUAACAGAUGAUAAGAGGUUGUUUAGUUUGAAACAACUUAAAGUAUGUGCUUUAAGAUUUACCGAAACCGCAAGAAAAAGAAUUGAAGAUGCCGGUGGAGAAUGCUUGACAUUUGAUCAAUUAGCUUUGAAAUAUCCAACGGGAAAAAAAUGUGUACUUUUAAGAGGACCAACCAAAGCAAGAACUGCUGAGAAACACUUUGGAAAAGCUCCAGGUAAACCUAAAUCUAAAGCAAGACCUUAUGUACGUUCAAAGGGAAGAAAAUUUGAAAAAGCAAGAGGAAGAAGAAAGUCAAGAGCAUAUAAGAAAUAA